AUAAGAUGAAUCUUCUUAACGGUCAUAUUUCAGAGCUUUCAGAUUCUUUUCAAGUCUCUCUCUUUCCUCUCAUGAAGACCUUGUAAACAUUGCAUAGUCUUCUCUUUUGAGCAAAGUAUAAAGGCACUUUAUAGAAGUCGAUACUCAAAAACUGGGUAAUGAUGAGGUGCUUUCCAGCUUGUUUCAGGGCUUCUAAGCAGCAAAAAUACCACAAAUCACUGAAUGCUAUUCCCUCUCAGCACCAAAGCAAUAAAGCUACUGAAGCUGUUCCGUCCACUGAAUAUAUAAACCAAGAGAAGGCCGUUAAACCCAUCACAGGAUCGAAAGCAGAGGUCAAGGAGGAACUGAACAACGAUUUCAAAAAAAGGGUGAUCUUUGAUUUGAAUGUUGAAGCAAAAGAGGAACCAUCUUACAAGGAAGUUGACAACAGUAGUAACUUGGUGGAAAACAACGAGGAGAAUAAAGAGAGAAACCGAAAAGUAGUGGAACCCAUUUUGGAUUUCAUUGCCUCUAGCAAAACAGCAUCUUUUACUCUGAAUCACAGGUACCAAGAUUGCAGAGACAGUGUGGAUGAAUAUGAAGAUAUAGGAUUAAUUCAAGUAAGUGAUUUGGAUGAAGAUGAUGAUGAUGAUGAUGAUGUUGAAGAUAAACAGUUAGUGGUGCAAGAGGAGUCUUCUGAAUCAUUGUUUUCUUUAUCGAUAGAUUCCAGGAAACAUGUAUCUGAUGCUGAAAUAGGAGAAAAGGAGGUUAGUAGUCCAAUGCCGGUUGAUAAGGUAGUUAAGACAACUGAGUCUUGCCCAAAUGCUCGAAAUAGGAGUCAGUAUGUUCAUUCAGUGUUGAACCCAAUUGAAAAUCUCAGUCAGUGGAAGGAGCUUCAAGAGGGAUCAAAACCAAGCCCACCACCAUUGAAGAAGCAUUACCAGGGAAAGGAGAAUAGCAGUUUAGAUCAAUAUAUUAGCAUUAGCUUUUCCAUUAGUCCAGAGCCAAGUUUCAAGUUAUCAGAUCCAAAUUUGAAAACGAGGUCAAGUGCUUUGAAGCCAGUAGAGCAUGAGAUUGGAGUUGAAACCAGCCUUUCAAGCUGGUUGGUUGAAUCUGAAACCACACCCAAGUCCAAUGGCAGCAACAAUUCUGUGGAAAACUUUAGAUCUGGGAAAGAAAAUACAGCAGCCAAGAGUCAUGAAGAUAGGCCAAUUUUAGGAGCAUGGACAGUUGAAGAGUUGAAACAGUUUUCCACUUCUUCAUCUCCAAGAAGGUUGAGAAGCCAGAGUCCUGAUGAAACACCCAUUAUAGGUACUGUUGGAAGCUACUGGAUUCACACUGGCCAGAAGUUGGAUUACUCGGAUUCGAGCUCUUCUUGCGGAGGAACGCCAAUCACACCAGCAAGAGACAUAGAGACCAUAGAGGGCAAAGGAGUAAGCUCUAAACCUAUUCCUUUUGAGGCCAGAUUGGAGAGAGCUUGUGAUAUGGGUGUUAGUGAAGCUUAGCUUGUCCAUGAAUAUAGAGUAAUUUCUUGUGAAUGUACUAUCUGUGCAUAUUAAUGGGGUUUCUUUAGUUCCAAGUGUCGACUUGGAUUGGCUACAAGAAAUAAAAUAAUAAAAAUGAAAUUCCAUGUUUUAUUUUCCUUA